AUUCAUAAAUAAACAUAUUUGUUAUAUUUUUCUCCCCCCCUGUAGCUGAAGAGCCUGAUUUGUACAGGCUAGUUGUUUCUAAUAUUACCUCAGACAGAUUUUCUCUGUCGUGGCGGACAGGAGAAAAGGCAUUUGAUAAUUUUAUAGUAGAAGUCAGAGAGUCUGCUUUGCCCUCGCAGGCGAUGGGCCGCGCUCUGGCUGGAGACGUUCACUCAACAGUCAUGGCUGGGCUUAAAGCCAAAACAAGCUACAACAUAAAGCUUUACGCCAGCGUUGGCGGCCAGAACACUCAGCCCCUGUUUGAAGUAGCUACAACAGAGGACGUCCCCCUGUUGGGGCCUGUAGCUGCUUCGUCUAUGAGCCCACAUAACCUCAGCGUGUCCUGGACAACUGUGUCAGGCCACUUUGAUGGCUUUGUUAUACGGGUCAGUGACCAAGAGCAGCAGUCUGAUACGCUGGAGUUCAGAGUGCGGGGCAAAGCCCGUAACUUUACCAUCUCUAACCUGAUGGACGCCACAGGCUAUGAUAUUGAGCUGUACGGUAUCUCGCAUGGGCGCCAAACUCCCUCUGUGUUAACCCAGGCCGUCACAGGUACUAUGUAUUUUACACACAUCUGGAACUCUAAUCACCUAUAAAUGGAAACCAUCUGUGAUUUUACAUCUUUAGAGGAUUGGUACAAAACCUUGAUAUGUCUUGAAUGCUUUCUGCACGAUUUCCCAGAACAACUCUCUUCAAAAGUUAUCGAAACUUUAAAUGUUUUUUUAUCAGCAGAUGUAAAAGUCCAUAACACAUUAAGAGCAGAUUUAACAUGCAGCAUUAGCACCUAAUGUUUUCACCAUGUAGAAGUAUUUAUGCCCAUGAAACUUUGAUUUAUUCAUUUACCCCAAAGAGGUCAGAGGGAUGCAAUGUAAACAUGUUUUACUUGUUCAUUUUAAUACACAUUUGGAUCUUUCAAAGAGCAACUAUUUCCACAUAUGUAUAUUUACAGAACAUGCCUAAAACUGUAGUUUUCAUUUGUGUUAUUAGUUUUAUCCAGCUGUGUCAAUUGAUUAGCAUUAAAGACAGGAUAUCAGUUUGAAAAAAAUCUCUUACAUGAAAAUAGAAAUACCAAUCCAAAGAUAUAGUUGUGCAUACAUAUCCUGCUUUUUAAAGUAUUCAACCAGAUCUGCAAAAUUAUGCAAAACAUAUUUGCUGACAUUUUUGCCUGGUUAAUAGUUUAAGGAAGCUAAAAGACCAUUUUUGGUGAAUAUGCUUAUUUUUCCAAAUCAUGGUGCUCUAUAGGGAUUGAUGCACUUUUGGAGCUAGCUUCUAGUGGCCAGUCCAGGAACUGCAGUUUUCAGACUAGCAUGUUGGCUCUUCUCUACUUUAUAGCCUCUGUGGUAGCUGUGUGGUUGACACAUCCUUUUAUUAUUCUGUUACGCUUUUUUUUUGGGCGGGGGGGUCCAAAUAUAAAGCCCAUAUCCAAGCUUUAAACUGUUUCCUCAGAUAUUUUUUAUUAGGUUUUUUGGAAGCGUAUAAAUCUCUAUGAUACAUGACAAAUUUAUCCUUUAUGUGUUUUGGACUUUACAUUUUGACUUUAAUCAGAUCAAACGCUGCUGAAACUCCAAAUCUCACAGGAAGAGAACAGAUUUCAUGUUUUGCUUUUGCAAUCAUUGCAGACAUUAUCCUCCUAAUACACCCUCCUUUGUUCCCCCUCCCACACAAAAUAUCAUGCUCACUUCCCUCCAGCUCCUCUGCCCAAAGUGGAAAACCUAACCAUUUCCAACAUAACCCCCUAUGGCUUCCGAGUGUCGUGGGAG